UUUUUUUUUGGUGUGGUUUACUCAUCUCUUGUACUUCACAUUUCAUCACAUCUCUGAUCUUUCCAAUCUUCUCCUCAUAGAUCUUGAUGGCGGCUUUCCCAACCGAUGAGGGAGACUCCUUUUCUUCUUCCACUCACAGGGGGGACUAUGAUGUCUUCUUGAGUUUUAGGGGUGAAGAUACUCGUCAUGGUUUUACUAGCUAUUUAUAUCAGGCUUUGUGUGAUGAAGGUUUCAAGACCUUCAUUGAUAAUAAAGAUCUCCAAAAAGGUGAAGAAAUUUCAGCGGAACUUAUCAAAGCCAUUAAAUCAUCAAUGAUUUCAAUUAUCAUAUUCUCUCAAAACUAUGCAUUUUCCACUUGGUGCCUUGAAGAACUUACCAAAAUUGUUGAGUGUAAGAAAAAUGGACAAAAAGUUUUACCAGUUUAUUACAAAGUGGAUCCAUCUGAAGUACGCAAGCAGGAAGGUAGUUUUGGAUUAGCACUAACUACACAUGAAAAAAAAUUCGAGAAUAACAUAGAGAAAGUGUUGAGGUGGAGGGUAGCUUUAUAUGAAGCAGCUAGUUUGUCUGGAUGGCAUUAUGAGGAUGGUUUUCCUGAAUAUCAGUUUAUCCAAGGAAUUAUUAGAGUGGUAUCAAGUACCAAAUUAAAUCGCACAAAGUUAUUUGUUGCUAAAUACCCAAUUGGAGUAGAUUCUCGUGCAGAAUUCAUAGAAAAUCUUUUAGAUAUUAAGUCAAAUGAGGUUCGUGUGGUUGGAAUUCAUGGCCUUGGGGGAAUAGGAAAGACUACAAUUGCAAAAGCUGUGUAUAAUAGAGUUGCUGAUCAAUUUGAAGGAAGUAGCUUCCUAAUGAAUGUCAGAGAAAAUUCAAGAACAAAUUGUAGCAUAAUCAAACUGCAAGAGCAACUUCUUUCUAAGAUCUUAGGGAGCAAAGAAUUUAAGGUGCACAGUACAUCCAGAGGAAUCAAUGUGAUCAAGGAAAGACUUUCAUGCAAAAAGAUUUUUUUGAUUCUUGAUGAUGUGGAUAAAUUGGGCCAAAUAGAAAAUUUUCUUGGAAAAUGCGAUUGGCUUGCUAAUGGAAGUAGAGUUAUUAUAACCACAAGAGACAAACAUGUGCUAACCACUUUUGGAAAUGAUCCUUUAAUCUACAAGGUUGUGCAAUUGGAUCGACAUGAAGCUCUUCAACUCUUUAGUAUGCAUGCCUUCAAUAAAAACGAACCUGAAGCAAAUUAUUUACAGCUUACAAAUCAAUUCAUAUGUUAUGCCAGUGGCCUUCCAUUAGCUCUACAAAUCAUAGGCUCCGAUUUGUGUGGAAGAAGCAUUUGUGAAUGGGAAAGUGAAUUAGAAAAGUAUAAGAAUAUUCCAAACAAUGAAAUUCAAAAUAUACUAAAAGUAAGUUUUGAAGGAUUGGACAAAAAUGAACAAGAUAUUUUCCUCGAUAUUGCAUGUUUCUUCCAAGGAAUGUCCAAAAAUUACGUUGUGGAUAUCUUAGCUGCUUGCAAUUUAUAUCCGAAUUCUGGUAUUUCAAAACUUAUUGAUAAGUGUCUCAUAAGUGCUGGAUUUGACAAUUUAUGGAUGCAUGACUUGCUACAACAAAUGGGUAAAGAUAUUGUUCAACAAGAAUCAAAUGUACCUGGAAAUCGUACAAGGCUAUGGUGUUAUGAUGAUGCUUUAGAAGUUCUUACAGAAAAUACGGGUUCAGAUAAAAUUCGAGGCAUAAUGUUGUCCUUCCAUAAACCAAUAACAGUGACAUUGGCACCUAAAGCUUUCAAAAGGAUGAGAAAUCUCAAAUUUCUUAUAGUUGAUAAUGUGCACAUUUGUGAAGAACUUAAAUAUCUCCCCAACGGAUUAAGGUUCCUUCAAUUGCCUAAUUAUCCUUUUCCCUUACCAUCCAAUUUUUGUCCUCAAAAACUUGUUACACUCGAGAUGCCACAUAGUCGCAUUCAGUUAGAGAAGUUAUUUAAGCAGGAGUUUCAAUUCCAGAAUUUGAAAAGUAUCAACCUCCGUAGAUGUGAGUCUAUUACAAAAUUACCUAAUUUAUGCGCCCCAAACUUAGAGAACUUGGAUCUUUCAUUUUGCAAAAAUUUAGUUGAGUGUCAUGAGUCCAUUAGAUUUCUUGAUAAGCUUCAAGAAUUGCGUCUUUCUAGUUGUGAAAAACUUCAAAAUUUUCCAAGCCAUCUCACGUGGAAAUCUCUCGACACUUUGGAUAUUUCAUCCUGCUUAAGGCUUGAUUUUUUUUCUUUCUUAUUCGCCGAAUGGUGUCUCACUUGGCCUAUGGACAUCAUUAGGGUUCAUGGUUUAUAUAGCUAUUGCUGUAAAAAUGUUGUGGAUCUUGAAGAUAUCAUCUAUAAAUUACCAUCGGCUGAGAUACUAUUUAUAUAUACUAGCAAAUCGAGACCCUGGUGUGAAUAUAAUACUUUUCCAAAGUCAUAUGCUUUUCUAGAUCUAAGCAAUGUUCAAAAUCUAGAUUUGAGUAAUGUUGGAAAUCUAAUUGAAUUAGAUUUUUUGAUGAAGUCUGAUUACUUUCCUGUAUUGGAAUGUCUAUAUUUAAAUGAAAUCAAUAUUAUUACCAUCCCGGAAAGCAUCACUAAGUUCACUAGGUUAGAGACACUUGGAAUAAGAUGUUGUAAGUAUCUUCUGGAAAUUCCAAGGCUUCCACGAUGUAUAAGAAGAGUGUAUAUACUAAACUCCCAUUCACUACAUCCACAAUCAUCAAACAGAUUGUUCAGUCAGUUUGGAGAAUUUUGGCAAUCACGAUAUGAAUAUGAACUUAUACUACCGGGAUCAGAGAUUCCAAAGUGGUUCAAUCAUCAAAGUGUUGGAAAUUCCAUUUCAAUUUGGGUCAGUCGUGAUUAUGAUUAUCUAAAAUUUUAUUACUGUGAUGUUUUAGAACCGAAAUGGCAUGAUACUGUUCACGUCUCCUUGAAAUUUAAUGGGAUAAAGUUCAUUAAUUUGAUCCCUUACAGAUUCAAACGGAUUACGAAUAUGACGUGUAAUCAUGUAUGGUUUUUAAAGCUAUAUGAAAGUCCCAUCGAUUCAAAGGACUUAGAUCAAUUUGAGUGGAAUCGUGUGGAGGUUGAAUUUGGAGCUGCUGUAUCUCAUAUCCUAAGGUGUGGGGUCCAUGCUGAAUGCAUCUGUCCACUUGUUCAAGAUCUCUCCACCGACACUCUCCCACCUAUUCCAAUACCUGCCUUUCCCAUUUGUUCUAUUUCAAACACUGUCACGCCUUCCCCCCUCUCAUGAUGAUGAAUGUGAUUCGAGUUUGUCACUGUGCACUUCUCCCAUGGGAACAAAUUAUCCGCCUCCUCAGCCUCAGGUCACUGUCCCUGAUGACACUAGCCACAUCUCUUUGCCAAAAUUACGCUUGGGUCUGCCAAGUUUGGGAAUUGGCUCAACUGUUAGUGAGGGGUUUCAUUUGGGUUCUUCUUUAAUGGCCCAUUACCAUGUCAGUGAUGAUGAUUCUGACUUCAAUUUGUAUUCUCCAUCGAAGAAAAUGAGAAAAUCUGAAAAAGAACCUUGAAACAAUUUUCUUCUUCAUGGUUUCCAUUCCAUUUCUUUAGCAUUUGAUGCUGAGGUACGUCUCUUUUUUAUUAGUUGGAUUGUUUCAUUUGCAUCUUUGGAUGCUCAUUCAUUGGAUUGGGUACCAACAUAAUUUGAAUAGAAACUAACCCAAAGAAAAUGCUGAAUAGAUGGAAGAAAUUAUGAAGAACCUAUUUCAAUUUUUAGACAAAUUAUGAAAACAAGCAGUUACGUGUUCAUCGCAUAAUCUCUCUCUCUGAUAAUGAAGCUACUCAUACUUCUUGAUUUAUUAAAAUUUUGAGUUUUAUUCCAUUUCUCCAUUGUUAGCAUAAUAUGCGAGUAUUAGGAUUUUUGUCUAUUAGUCUGUUACUAGCCAGCACCAAUUCUGAAAAUUCAAACUUCAAUAGGCAUGACCUUAUAUGCUUAUGCCAUCCUUAAUUUCAUAGAGCAGAUGGUUUUGAAAUGGAUUUGAAUUUGCCAAUAGUCGUAGUUUCAAGGUCCUUAGAACACGCCAUUACAUUUUAAAUGCUUUCUUUUUAAAAUUGUUGCUGAUAGUAUAUAUUGUCUCAAAUUUCAUAAUCUUGUCAAAAUGUUGGGAAUUAUAUGUGGAUUUCUGAUAUUAGCUUGUUUGUUAUUGAUGAUUUCCUCCUCCACUAUGGUUGGUAUUGAUGUUACCUUCUAGGUUGAUCCAUUAGUGGAUUUAGCACUUCUGGAAUGAAUUAGGGAGGUCUUUAAUCUGGUGGUAAUAAAAAUUUAUAUUGUUAAGACUUUUUCGUUAUAACGUUUUGGGUGACGCUUUUUGGUUUUUUCUCCUCACUUGGGCAUGCUAUUUUAUAGCUUUAACUAUGAGUGAAAUGUGUCUUUGUUAUUGAUUGUUGGACUCUGAAGUGAUGAUUGAAAAACUGAAUGUGUAGAACCGAGCUAAGUUGCUGUGUGAAAUCCUACUAACAAGGUUUUGUUCUUUCACAUCAAAUUGUUCUUCAACCUAUGUAAUAGUGGAAUAUUUUUUUGCUUCCGAGGAUGAAACAACAUAAUUUUUGGGGGAUUGGUAGGGUUCUUUGGGUUGGUGUCGGAUAAUUUAUUGAAAUUUGAUCUCAAUUUUAGCAAUAAUUCACUACUUUUGGUUUGGUUCUUUGGAAUCAAGUGUGAAUUAACCAAAAAAUGAAAUUUGUGAUAAAUAGGAUUUUAAAUCAUGGGAGUUUAAAUUCCUUCAUUUGUUAAUUUCCAUGUAAAUAGCAAAGUUUCAUCCAAAAGCAAGAUAUCUAUUUCUAUUCCAUGUAAAUUAACCAAAUAUGCUUUUGAUUUUGUGUCAAAGGAAAUUCUUGAACCUGAUUUGAGGGGUAAAGACCCAACUACAAAAGAUAAAAGCCCAAGUCAAGAGCCAUUAAGCACCCUGGAGAAGAGUAUGUGCCACAAUGCACUGAACAUCUAGUUAGGAGCCAUUAUCUAUUUCUUCUAGAAAUAAUACUACAAAGUACUUUGGUUUUGUUACUUUGUUUGUAAGCUACGGACUUUUUGAAUUUUAGGGGAGAAGGGCAUAUAAUUAGAUAGGUGGCAUGAGCUGCUUCUCUUUGUAGUUUUCUAUUUUCCCAUCUCUGCAUAGUACAUAUUUUGAGUGAAAAGUACGAGGAAUAGCAACUGGUUAUGUGAGAUUCGUUUGUGACAUAUUCAUCAUUUGAGUGUUUAUAUAAGUUUUUUCUUUAACCCAAUGUUUAAUUGGUAUCUAUAUUAUUGGGGUGAAUUUCAGGGGAGAAAAUACUUUCCUUAAAAAAUGAACCUGGGAUACUAAGUCAUAAUGGUGUUUUUUUUUAUGUUUCAGUGUGGUUAAAGCAUGAGAUUCAAAAUCAAUCUUUACAGUGGCUCAGUGCCUAGAGUUUCUUACUUUUUUUCCCCUCAUUUUCUAUAUUGUGUUGGCUUGAUAAGGAGUGUGUGGCAGUUCGACCUGAGCAAAGUACAAGUCAAUUUGUUUCAAGCAACAUUACCAACACAGAAAAUUUAAGCAGCACAAGUAGGCCAAGGUUGAUUGAAAAUGAGGAUGGCUUCCUGGAGCUGUGCUGCUUGCAAGGGUGAGUCUGGACAUUACAUGAAAAUUAUUAUCUAUUUUUUGUCAUCAAUAAUAUGUUUAUGCCAAAAUUGUCAUGAUACAUCUGCGCAAUACCAAGAUUGACUGCCACCAAUGCUUUUGAUGGUGAAGUUAUGAAAGUAUUGAAUUGAUCAAUCUGAUACCAUAUUUUCAGGUCUGAUGAUGGAUCCAUUUUUCUUCUCUGACUCCACUUUUAGAUGGACCUCUAUGUGUAAAAACUGGGUUAUAGUGACCCAUUUAAUUCUUAUGGAAUGGCAAGAAAAACCUGCCUAGAGAACAUCACUCAUCACUGCCACAAGUGAGCCUGACUCAUUGCCAGUGGAUUCACAUACCUGUCCUCAUGCAAAUGCAUACUUGCUCACUUCAUAUUAGCUACUCCUUACUUUCCUCUAUCCUCCGUUUUCUGUCAUUUCACUCCAUUGAUCCAUAAAACAACUGAGUAGCAUGUGAGGUAACAAUUAUAUGGUAACUGCAAUUCAUGAGCAUACCUUUGAUAACUUUAGGUGAACGUACUUUGACCAUGAGGUAUAUUGGUUAAGGUCUAAUAUUCUGCAAUGGAAAGAACAAAUUAAAUGGACAUGCUUUUAGUAUCCUUUUUGCUUGCCUGCUGGGAUAUUUCUUCUACUUGUUUUGAUUUUUUAAAUUUGAGAGCCUGUUCUCUAAGUGUUUGGUUGCUACUACCAUAUUAUACGUAGAAACUGUUUUUUGUUCAUUCACUACCUUUAACUCAUUGAAGAUAUUGCAUUGCAGACAUGUCACAUUACAAAACUGGCAAGGUGGUUGUUUACUCAGUAUAUAUAUUUGUAAUCUUUCCUACUUUGAAGUUUAACUGAACUGAUGAACCUUCACUUUGAUGCUUUUAAAAUUUUAGUCUCUUUAGAAGAACUUUCUUUUAUUUAUAUAUGAGCGUGCUUACAGUGGAUAGUUUGUCUGUGAUGGUUCCAUCACCAUAUUAGGAGGCCUAUUUCUGGUGAUUAUAGCCUUUUUAAAUUUGAUUUAUUAUUUAGAUGUAUUUGGACUAAAGCUUGUAAUAGCCCAAUUUAGAGUUUCUGAAGCUCGUCUUCAGUGAAUUUUCAAGUCAUACAAACAAAGUGAGAAGUAGGUUAGCUUCCUAUGUUUCCUUUUGUUUCAUUCUACUUUUCUUCCCUUUGUCCUGUAAGUUUGAAUUCCAAUAUGCUUGCCUAGUUAUUGUAGAUUAGUGGUAGAGCUGUCCUUAGUACAUGUAACUAUCUUUAAAGGGACAAGAUGCACGCACCAGUCAUGGCUUGCCUUUUUGGUUCAUAUCUGAAUCCUAUAUGAUCUGUGUUAGUAUAGCUGCAGUGCUGCACCUUUUUAAGAGGAGGGUAAAAAAUGUUUUUAUUAAUAAAAAGGAAAUCGAAAUAAGCUGUGUUAUCAUUUUACUUAUCAUCAGG